AUGACUAUGACUAAUGUCACUGCCAGUGGGUUUCUUCUCAUGGGGUUUUCUACCAAGCCUCAGCUAGAAAUUUUCUAUGCUUCUCUGUUCUUGGUCUUAUACUUGUUGGCUUUAUUUGGAAAUAUUCUCAUAAUCCUCUCAAUUUCAAUGGAUCAGAGUCUCAAGAAGUCACCCAUGUAUUUCUUCCUGAAGCAUCUCUCCAUGUUGGAUCUCUGCUAUAUUUCUGUGACGGUACCAAGAUUCAUAUGCAAUUCUUUCAGGCAUAGUGGAAAUAUUUCCCUCUGGGAAUGCAUGGCGCAAUGUUUUACUCUCACUCUCUGUGCUAUUGCCGAGAUGGCCAUGCUCACGGUGAUGUCCUAUGACCGCUACGUGGCCAUCUGCCUUCCACUGCGCUAUGACAUCAUCAUGAACAUCAGAACCUGUGCCAAUGGGAUCGCUGGUGUCUGGAUUAGUGGGACGUUCUCUGGAGUCAUGCAUACGGCAGCUACUUUCUCCAUCCACUUCUGUGGUCCCCGUGUCAUUCACCAGUUCUUCUGUGAUAUUCCCCAGCUCCUGAAACUCUCCUGUUCUAAUGACUAUCUCAGGGAGGUUGGGGUCUCGGUCUUCUUCACUCUGAUGUCAUUUGGCUGUAUCAUCUUUAUUGGUUACUCCUACAUGCAAAUAUUUUCUUCUGUGCUGAGGAUGCCAUCUGCGGAGGGCAGGUCUAAGGCUUUUUCCACUUGCCUUCCCCACCUUGCUGUUGUCCUGUUAUUUGCCUCUACAGGUUUCUUUGAGUUUUUGAAACCUCAUUCUGACAAUCCAACAGCUCUUGACAUUGUGCUCACUAUUUUUUAUACUAUUGUGCCCCCAACAUUUAAUCCAAUGAUCUAUAGCCUGAGAAAUAAAGCAAUGAAAGCAGCUCUUAGAAUGGUUUUUAAGAGAAGUAAGGCAUAUCUGUUUCUUUGA